AGAGGGUCGCACCGCCCUGCGGAACACAUGAGGUCAGAGUGGUGGAGCGAAUCAUCAUCUCCACCACUUCCACCUGACACUCACCGCGGGAGAUCCGGCCCGGAACCACGAUGCAUAGGAGGAAGGAGAAGGUGAUAGAGUUCCUGGAACAGAGCGGCAGAGUUCAGCUAUAAGACCGAGACACCUGGAACCCUCGAACCUAGAACCUUAGAACCCUAGACCCCUAGACACCAACAAUCCUAGACCCCUAGAACCCGAUACCCUAAACCAGAGGUGUGCAGUCAGUGUCUCAGUCUUACAUUUUUUUUUUCAUCUCAGCCAUGUGUCUCAUGGUUGUUGACUCGCAAUGCUCCGCAGAGAGCUCGUUAAAACAGCUGCGGACCUUGGCGCUCGGCUGAGCUCGGGAUCACUCGGGCAUUUCCGACACAAUCAAUUGAGACUCAAUUCAGAGAAUGGAGACUCUGAGAACAAUGAAAACUUUAUUAUAACUAAGUUAUGCCGACGUGUCUUAAACAUCAUCACAGUGUUCUGGUCCUGACCCGGGGGAGGAUUAACAGGUCCCUGGACAGCCUAGGACUGGUCCCGUUGCAGGACUACAGGUCCGGGGAGGGACCACAGGUCCGAGCUGGAGGUCUCCUUAACGCAGAGCGCGCGGUCCGUCAUUAUCGGUGCUUCACUGGCCGCUUUGUCCAGCGCGCAUCUGACGCGGCUCGGCGGGUAAAUGAGAGUCACAAGUCCGAGGAGAGAGUCGGACCACCAUCCAGCCUGUUGUCGGACCUUCUCCGUCGGCUGUGCUCUCAGAGUCCUGAAGUAGCUCAUGUUGAACCCCGCUAUGGAUGCUCGGGGACGCGCUUGGCUCGUUUGCGCGCUGGGGUUCGCGGUUCUGUGCCCCGCGAGGUCGUCAGAUGUUGGCGACAUGGAGCUAUCGGGCUGGCUGAGGGGGCUUUAUCUCGGGCGGCCUUCCAUCCCCGACCGGGACCAGACCCGGGGAGAUGGGUCCCGGGACCGCCUCGAGCCGGUCUCCACGUCAACCCACUUUAAGGACUUUGAGUCGGAGGUUCCCGGAGGACCCGGGACCGUUUCUGGCCCGCUGGUGCAGACCAAAAACGGAGCGCUGCGGGGGGUCACGCUGGACCAGGCAUACGUCUUCUACGGGGUCCCGUACGCGGACCCGCCCGUGGGGGCGUACCGCUGGAAGCCCCCCCGAGCGCCGAGUCCCUGGCGCGGGGUGUACAGCGCGCGCGCCCCGCGGGCGGGCUGCAUGCAGGGCUGCCGAGCGCCGAUUGGUGACCGCUGCCCGCAUGAGGUCAGCGAGGACUGCCUGUACCUCAACAUCUUCGCCCCCCUGUCGGUCAACUUCAGCGCCCCCCUGCUGCGGCCCCUCCCCGUCCUGGUCUGGGUCCACGGGGGCGACUUCAUCGCAGGCUCCGCCUCCAAGCCGCUCUACGACGGCCGCGUCCUCAGCAACGCCUCCAACAGCCUGCUGGUCAGCCUGGAGUACCGCCUGGGUGCCUUCGGCUUCCUCGUCUCGGGGAAAGACCCCAAAAUGGCCGCCACUGGGAAUUAUGGGAUCUUAGACCAGCAGGCGGCGCUGCUGUGGAUUCAGAGAAACAUCGCUGUGUUCUCAGGAGACCCCAGCAAGGUGACUCUGUUUGGGGAGAGUGCCGGUGCCCAGUCGGUGGGUCUCCACCUCAUGAUGCCCACCAGCCAGCCUCUCUUCAGGCAGGCUGCCCUGCAGAGCCUACCCUUCUCCAUCCCCUUCAAGACAAGACACGAGGCCCUGUGGCUAGGCAAGGCCUUUAGCCGCGAGGCUAACUGUAGCGUUACUGACAUCGUGUGUCUGCUAGCGCUCAGCCCCCAGGCCGUCCUAGCGGCUCAGAUGAAGACAAGCUCCCGGCUGGUGAAUCCCUUUCGGUUCCUGGAGGUGUUUGAGACCUGGGGUCCGGUCCUCGACGGCGCGCUGAUCAGAGAGCAGAUCCUCCCCGCCUUCCUGGCGGGCCACUGGCAGACGGACAAGCCCCUCCUGCUGGGCACCACAUCGGAGGAGGGGGUCCUCUUCGUGAACGGGGUCUUCACCAAGCCGGUCUCCGUGGUGGAGUGCACUGUCUACACCACCGCCAUCUUCAAGCAGCACGCCCUGAAGAUCCUCCACCGCUACCUGCCCCUCUACCCUAACCCCGACCGCCGGGCCAUGCUGGCUCAGAUCGUGACGGACUACAUCUUCCUGUGCCCGGCGCGGCGGGCUGCCCGGGCGGCGAGGGAGAGCCCGGUGUGGAUGUACGUGUUCGACCACGUGGCGUCCGACACCCGCGUCUGGUCCGACGUCGCUCCGUGUUACCGCCACGUGUGCCACGGCGCCGAGCUGCCCUUCCUGUUCCACUCCGCCGCCGCCGCCAACUUCACCAUGACGACGGAGGAGGGGCGUCUCUCAGACCGCAUGCUCUGCUACUGGGGGGCCUUCGCCCGCGGGGGGGACCCCUCCCCCGCCCCCCGUCUGCUGACCCCCUACUGCCGCGGCCCCGCCCCGCCCGCCUGGCCGCGCUACGACGCCCGCCGCCUCGUGAUGAACCUGACCACGCCCUGCCACGCCCACCCCGGGCUCCGCGACGCCGUCUGCGACUUCUGGGACCACCUGGGGGUCUACUGAUCAGGGAUCGAUGCGGCCCGAUCAGCGGGGGAGGCGGAAGGGGAUUGGCCGACGGCGAGGCUGAAGAGACUUCUCCGGACGACCUCCUGACCUCUCUUUGGGCUCCAGUUUAGACGGACGCAGCCAAUCAGAGUCCAGAUGUAUCCAGGAGGAAGAACAGCUAGCGAUAGCAUGUAGCGAUAGCAUGUAGCGAUUAGCGUAUAGCGUCUGCUUCCAUACACGAGCAGUUUGAUAAUAAAGGCCUAUA